UUUCUCCAUUAAUUCCAUUUAAACUCGGAGGAGAUCGAGAGAGCGCCGUUGCAGACAGGAAUCUUCAUCCUUUGAUUCAAAAGCUUCAGCCGGUACACAUGGCAGCGGCGAUGAAGAAGCUGGUGGCAGUUUUCACGGCGGCAUUUAUUGCGACCACGGUUGCCGGAGCUCAGACGCAUCAUGUCGUCGGCGGAGACCGGGGAUGGGACGUCGAUUCCAACGUCGGUUCUUGGUCGGCCGGAAGGAAAUUCAGAGUCGGAGACAAAAUAUGUAAGAUCCAUUCGUUUCUUAACUGUUUUUUCCCCUGGGGGGGGGGGGGGCNGGGUAAGAUAGUGGAGCUGCAAAGCAAGAAGGAAUACGAAGCGUGCGAUGUAAGCAACUUCAUCAGGAUGUACACUGACGGCAUAGAUAUCGUGCCGUUAAACGGAGAGGGAAUCCGCUACUUCGCGAGUAGCAAACCAGAAAGCUGCAAAAAGGGCCUGAAACUGCACGUACAAGUGGAAGCCCAAGCCCAAGACCAAGACCAAGACCAAGCCCAACACAAGGCCCAAAUGAAAACGACAGGAGUUGAAACAACGAACGACGUGUCGGACAGUGAUUCUGCGGCAGCUCCGCCCACUCCUUCCGCCUCUUCUCCGCCCUUAACUGCCAUGUCUUAUCUCACUCUCACCUUUUUGCCCUUCACCCUUUACUUAUCUUAUUGGAUCAUAUGAAACAUUUUUUUUCCUUUCUAAUGUGAUCUUAUAAUAAAGUUAAUUAGAUUAAGAAUAAGUACAUUAUGAU